AUGGCCGAUCCGAUCCCUAACCAUUACAGAGAUCUCCAACAACGAUCGUCGUGUUCUACAGACGCUGCUCGUUCGAUUGGUGGUCGUUGUAUGCCAUUUGGAUCAGUGGAUCAGAUCUCCAACAACGAUCGUCGUGUUCUACAGACGCUGCUCGUUCGAUUGGUGGUCGUUGUAUGCCAUUUGGAUCAGUGGAUCGUGAGAUCGUCGUCGUUUUUAGUGGAUGCUGCUAUUAGUUUUGCCAGUGGAGUGUAA